GAGCCAAAAUGUCACUCCUUGCAAAAAUGGGGGACUGGCAGAUGUUAGUUCACAGUUUCUCAGCGAUGGACCGCCACGACGCGACCAGCAACGGGACAGCCCGGCUACCCCAACUGGGGAGUGUGGGCCAGUCCCCUUACACCAGCGCACCUCCGCUCUCGCAUACACCGAAUGCCGACUUCCAGCCCCCUUAUUUCCCACCUCCAUAUCAGCCCAUUUACCCGCAGUCUCAAGACCCGUAUUCUCACGUUAACGAUCCGUAUAGCUUGAACCCUCUUCACGCCCAGCCUCAGCCCCAGCACCCGGGCUGGCCGGGACAGAGGCAAAACCAGGACACGGGGCUUUUGCAUACGCACCGCGGACUUCCCCACCAGCUCUCUGGCUUGGAUCCCCGAAGGGAUUACCGGCGGCAUGAAGAUCUCUUGCACGGACCUCACGGCUUGGGCUCAGGACUAGGAGAUAUUCCCAUUCACUCGAUACCUCAUUCGCUGGAAGACGUGCCGCACGUAGAGGACCCCGGUAUUAACAUCCCAGAUCAAACUGUAAUUAAGAAAGGGCAAAAUCAAAAAAUGGAGGGAGAUCUUUGAGAGAAAAACUGGACAAAAUAGGAUUAAAUUUGCCAGCCGGGAGACGUAAAGCUGCUAAUGUUACCCUGCUGACAUCACUAGUGGAGGGAGAAGCCGUGCACCUCGCGAGAGAUUUUGGUUACGUCUGUGAAACAGAAUUUCCUGCCAAAGCAGUAGCUGAAUUUCUCAACCGGCAACAUUCCGAUCCAAACGAGCAAGUCACAAGAAAAAACAUGCUUCUAGCGACGAAACAGAUCUGUAAGGAGUUCACCGACCUGCUGGCUCAGGAUCGAUCUCCACUGGGGAACUCUCGGCCCACCCCCAUUCUGGAACCGGGCAUCCAGAGCUGCCUGACCCACUUCAACCUCAUCUCUCACGGCUUUGGCAGCCCUGCUGUGUGCGCAGCAGUCACUGCCCUGCAGAACUAUCUCACCGAGGCGCUCAAGGCCAUGGACAAAAUGUACCUCAGCAACAAUCCUAAUAGUCAUACAGAUAACAGCACCAAAAGCGGCGACAAAGAAGAGAAGCACAGAAAAUGAGGAUUUUCUUCUUGCAGCCCCAACCAGACCAGCCAGCCUGGCCCUCCCUCCCCUUCCUCCUCACCCUGAGGCUACAGCAAGAGAAGCUCAGAAAUCUGUCCCAGCCUAUUCACUCAGGAGGACCGGCUAAUUCACAUCUCUUUCAGCCCCCUACCCACCAUUCUCCUUUUUCUUCUCUCCUCUCUUUCCCUGCCUCCAUCACUUCCCAGUUCAUUUCCAGUUGCUACCCAGUUUGGAGCCCGAGAAAACAAAGGUGGCGAUUGGGCCAUCCUAAAAGGAAAAAAAAAACAUUUUUUUUGUCGUCUUUGUGAACUUUUAUUAUUUUUAACAAAAAUAAAUAAACU